AACAUUUUAAUCGCAGUCAUGGGUGAUGAACUUGUUGACGAAGAGUUGUCAUCGUCAAGAGAUGUUGACGAAGGAUUGACAUUAUCUGAUCAAAUUUUCAGCCUUUGUAAUUCGCUUGGGAGAUAUGAACGAGUCAUAGGACCUGACAAUAAGGUCACUCAGAGGUAUCAUUUAGGAGAUGAAUGCUUAGGUUGUCUCAAAGAUAUGAAAGAAGUCCUUCGAUAUGAUGACCACACAACUCUUGAAGUGCAUUGCGAACUUUGGAAAUUAAAAAUUUUAGAAAAGGAUCUAAUUCCUAUAAUCAUGUUAAAUCAGGAUCCACUUGAUAGUACACAAAGCUGUUUAACACUAGCUUGUG